GCGUCAGCUGUCCGGCCCCGUCGCCACGCCGACAGAUGUGCAAGAUGGCCCAGCGGCUUACAUUUUACAUUUGUUUGAUUUUGUCUCUGCAAACCCUCAAUCCCUUCAUCGUAUUGAUUCGGGCAAAUGGAUCAAAUCAAGAUGUUAAAAUUGAAGUUAGGUUUCUGCCAGAAAACUGCAGCCAGAAAGCCAAGAGAGGAGACAUGCUGAAUGCUCAUUAUGAUGGAUAUCUAGCUAAAGAUGGAUCUCAGUUCUAUUGCAGUCGUUCGACAAACACGGGUCACCCACACUGGUUUGUGUUAGGUGUUGGAGAUGUUAUUAAGGGCCUCGAUUUAGGGCUGGACGGCAUGUGUCCCGGUGAGAAGAGAAAAGUUACAGUUCCUCCAUCUCUGGCAUACGGCGAGAAAGGAAAAGGUCCUGUACCACCAAAUACAACAGUGAUCUUUGAGGUGGAGCUGUUGUACAUAACUAGAGGACCACGCAGCAUAGAAGCCUUCAAAGAAAUUGACGCUGACAACGACAAGGCCCUGACAAAAGAAGAGAUUAAGGAAUACUUGAAAAUUGAAGCAAAGAAGUUAAAUACACAGAAAGAUGAAUCCUAUAAAUAA